AUGAUCGUGUCGCUCAAGAUCACCAAAAAAUACUCGCUGCUGGCUCAGCCGGUAGACGAGCGGCCCAAAAGUAACAACACUACGCUUGAUGAUGACGUGUGGGUGCUCAACACCUGGCGACCCGACACUUUAUGGUUUUACACUCUACAAACGUUUUCGCCGGUCCACGCGCUAGCAGCAUGGUUUGCUCCCGCGAUGGCCGCAGUUUUGAUUAAUGUGGGCUUGUCGGCGUUGUUGUUUGUGGUUUCCAUGUCCUUCCAGUCGCUGGUUAAUGACAGAUUUAUUGUUGACUCGAACGUCAUGAAAGAAUACACUUGCAAAGUGGUUUAUCCUGCUACCAGCGUAGCCACACGAGAUGUGUCUGUUCAGACCGACCGCGCAAAAGUGCUGGCUGGGCCUUCAACGCCACGACGAGAGUUCAUCCAACGGGACGUCCGAACACCGCACACGCCGCUGCGGAGCCCCACACACAGUCCGAUGCGUACUCCUAUGCGCACUCCGCUGCGCGCUUUACCGACCAAAAAAACAUCGUUGAGAACAUCCUUUGCCCCUAAUCUUCCGCAUACUCCUCGUCAAUAG